AUGUAUGCAGAGUUAAGCUUCAACGUGCACGGGCGGAAUUGCGGUGACGGAGCUGGGCUGACCUACUUCUCACUCUGCUUCACCGGGGCCGACUACUCCCAGGAGUCUCAAGACCGGCAACCGGAGAGGUGGGAAGAGCGCCUGUCCUGCGGCCAUAUCUACGCAGGGCCGCAGUACACAGUGGACUUGAUCCCAGGGGGUGAAGUGGCCAUGGUUUCUGUAAACAGCCUGAAGCAGACCGUGGUUGCCAAGUCACUCUGUGACUUCCUGAUGCUCCUAAAGCACUGGCUUUCUCAACUCCUGCCUGCGGAUGGAUUCAGAGAUGCGAUCUCCGCCAUGAAAACAGGGCCUGGGGGGCCAAGCGGAUCUGCCUACCUGGUGGACGAAACAGUUCGCUUCAAAGCGCUUCCCGACUUCAUUCUAGGCCAACUCCCUCCCUCGCUACAAGCAAAGCGAGCUGCCGAGGCCGCGAGGGUAUCCCGGCCGAAGAAGCCUCGCACCAAGUUCUGCUGCCACAACUGCUCCAAGAAGGCUCCGCGGGAGACCCUUCGCGUCUGCGCCGGCUGUGGGGAGGAGAAUGACUUUGCUUACUUCUGCCGACAGUGUUGCAAAGAUGGAUGCUGGUGCUCAAAGUGCGAUUCUUGCUUCCAGUGCUGCGACUUGACCCACACGCUCCACGAUGAUGGAGACACCGGCGAGGAGGGAGACGCCGGCGAGGAGGGAGACGCCGGCGAGGAGAGCGCUGAUCAGACGAGCGGGUCCUAG